AUGGGCGCCUUUCACCUCACCGCCACGGAUAUCCGCAUCGAAGACGGCCAUCUCCUCGUCGCCAGCCUCGAAUGCGGAGACGGUGAGACUCAGGAGUCGAUCAUCGACCUUGAUCAGUACAUUGGAAACGACGAGGGCCGAUUCGUAUGGGACGGCGUGAACUUCUCCGAUUCCGCCGAGAACGUCCAUUUCGAUAUCGAGGGCGGUGCCGACGUGCCUGUUCUGCGCGCUCGACUGCCGACCUCCGACGGCGAGCUCGUCGACGCGGACCUUAACCUUGGGGAGCGGAUUGACAACCGGGAUGGGGAGUUUGUCUUUGAUCCUUGA